UAUGUGUUGAAAAUAUGUCACAUACAACAAACGCCCAUACAAAUCUACUUUUUUUUUUGUCAGAAAACCUUUGUGGUAUGUGUCACGAAAUACCGAACUUACGACAAUUGUAUGCAGGAAAACUGUAAACAAUUGUUGCAUGUGUGCAUAGCUUAAGCACUGCAAUGCAUGAAAUUUCUUCAGUCAGCUGGUUGUCGUUGUGAGAGCAAGAUGGGAGAUUCAUCGCCUGCGCCAAGUUUAUACGUAACCUUGAAAGGUGUUAUGGAUGAAAUAUUGAAUGACUCUGAAGAGGAGAACGUGGAGCCCGGCGAACUUAAAAAAUUUUACGAAAGUGCCAUGGACAUUCUGGACAUGAAUGGGUCACCCAGCACGUCAAGGAACAUUUUACGAGCACUACCUUCAGACCAUAAUUCGUCCUGUACUGAGAAUCCAACAACCUCGAGAAAACGUCAAAGGAAUCCGUGCUUAUGGAAACAAAAUAUAAGGACAAGGCUGCGGGAAAGUGGAAAACCUUAUACAGAUAGGAAGGGAAAACAAAGAGGUGGAAGAAAGCUGGGUUCGCCAUGUGCAGAUAAGUGCCUAUACCAGUGCAAUUCAAAUUUUACAGGGAAUGACCGCACCGAACUCCUUCACAAAUUUUGGAACUUAAAUAAUGAGGAAAAGAAAUCUUUUUUAUUUUCAUUUGUCAAACCAUCUGAUGUUAAACGCCGCCGAAAAUCCGCUGAGAAUACUUUCACACUCCGUAAAAAGAGAUCAUUUUAUUACUAUUUUAGAAAUAACGAUACGACUUUACAAGUUUGUAAAAAAUUUUUUCUCAGUACCCUUGACAUAUCCGAAAGAAGGAUUUAUUAUUUGUUUAACGUCUCUACCGAUGAGCAGGGAGUUCCUUCACAAACCAGAAAAAAUCAUGGUAGGCCGAAAACCAGUCCUAAUAAAAUCCAAGAAAUAAAGGAGCAUAUACUUAGUUUCCCAACUAUUAAUUCACACUAUUGUCGUUCGUCAACUUCUCGUAAAUACUUAGAAAGUCACUUAAGUGUAAAAAAAAUGUACGAUUUGUAUAGAGAAAAACACAAUGAACAUAAUGUAUCUCUAAACGUUUAUAGAAAUGUUUUCAACUACUCAUUUAAUUUAUCAUUUUAUAGUCCAAAAAAAGAUCAAUGUGACCGCUGUGUUUGGUACAAAGUCAAUGAAAAAGAAUGUUCACAAGAUAAGAAGCUACAAUAUUGUAAACAUGUAAAGGAAAAACAAUUCUGCAAAGCAGAAAGAGAGAAGGAUCGUCAAAAUAUUGAUCCAUCGCUAGCUAUUCUCUGUUAUGAUCUCGAAAACAUAAUCACUUUGCCUAAAUGUUUUGCUUCAAAUUUUUAUUAUCGGCGAAAACUUUGUGUAUUUAAUUUAACCGGAACAUUAAUUAAAGCAAAUGGUGUUAAAGAAACCUAUUGCGCUUUAUGGGACGAGACUUGUGGUGGAAGAGGAGGAAAUGCCAUCGCAAGUGCUUUGAUAAAGAUUUUGGACGGCGUAGAGAUAGAUCACCCAGAAAUAAAAAAAAUUAUCUUAUGGAGUGACUCUUGUAUUCCUCAAAACCGAAAUCAAAUAACAUCUACUGCAAUAUUGUUUUUUUUGAAUAAAUCUUCCAUUACCAGUAUUACACAAAAAUUUUCAGAACCUGGGCAUUCUUGUAUUCAGGAAGUUGACUGUGUGCAUAGCACUAUAGAUAAAACCUUGAGAAAGAUACAAAUUCCUAGCCCAAUAGCAUUAGUACAAAUUUUAAAAAAUUUAAAAUAUCCCAAAACCCAUUUGAAAAUUCUUCAAAUGGCUCCUGACGAUUUCAAAAACUAUUCACAAAAAGCUGGACUUUUGAACUUUAACCUUGGGCUUUUUCGAAAGUAA